GAUCGACCACGCUUUGUGGUGAACAUUGGAUCAGUCUUCCCUUUUGCAAAAGCGAGCUAAUAGCUGAAAAAGUUGUCCGUGUGUUCCUUGACUCUGCUGUGACGAUUCUUGGACCUGACAUUUCUUGGUGCCGUGACCCGGAUCCCAACAUACCCAUUUCCUGACUUGAGGAGGAGACCAGCUGAAGCCCGUCGACGGCCAGCCUGCAUAGGACAGAGCUGAAUCAAAGCCCUGGGAGGUGAUGUUCCCCGCCAGGCCGGCAAUUAGGAGUCUCCUCCACUCGACAGGACUGGAUUGACGGGAUCCGAAGCGUCCACAGGAGUCAACGAAACCGGACGGGAAAUACUCAAAGUGAGUAUAUGACACAUAAAGUGAUGUGUGAAAAAAGGCGAGAAGUUAGCCUCCUGAGUUCAGAGUAAACUCGGAUGAUUUAAAAAAAAGGUAUCCUAAGUACAAAUAAACUUGGAAGAUUUAGCUAAAUAAAAGGUAUCCUAAGUUUACAAAUAAACUUGGAAGAUUUAGACAAUACAAGGUCUAAAUAAAAGGUAUCCUAAGUUUAGAAAUAAACUUGGAAGAUUUAGACGAUACAAGGUCUAAAUAAAAGGUAUCCUAAGUUCAGAGUAACUUGGAAGAUUUAGCUAAAUAAAAGGUAUCCUAAGUUUAAAAGUAAAACUUGGAAGAUUUAGACGAGACAAAGUCUAAAUAGUGAUCACUUGUAUGUAUGUGUGUGUGAGAGUUGAGACAUGAAUGCUACGUUUUGCAAAUGAAGCAGCAGUACUGAUGGAAACCUAACGGUGAUAACAUAAAUCAGUAGUCUGUUGAAGUAGUUUGCAGAACCUCUGGAUUAAGCAAACACAUUGUCAUAAUGGGAAACUGUUGCAGUUGUUGUGGCUGUUGUAAAUCCUCCAAGGGCCCGGAGGUAACAGGAGAUCAGAAGUAUAUGCUGCAUGUAGAUGAAAAAAGGCAUAGCAGGACAUAUGAAUAAAUAGGAAAACUAAAUAUGGAGUUUCUGGAAAGUUAAAAGUUGAAGAUUUAGAGGAUGUUGUCAGAAAGUUACAGGUUAGUGUGGCCACAAAGAAGGGAAACGCAAAGAAAAAAAAGGAGAAAGAGCUCGCGGCAGCUAAAGUGUGGCUCACAGAAAGUCACAAAAGGAGGAAAGGGAUUAGAAAAGGAAAAGGGACCAGAGUAAUGUUUGUGAGACAGGAGGAUAAUGAAGGACAAGGGAGACGUAGAAGACGCCAGCAGAUAGCUGACCCUGGGCCUCCUCCUGGUCCAGCAAUUCAGCCAGAAGGCCAGGGUUUACUCCCACCAGCGCAGGCCCCAGAGGGAGCUGCGGGGGGUGCUCAGGCCCCAGUGCCCACUACACCUCCCCCUCGAUUACCUAAUGCACAGAGAAUGUACCCAGAUCUGACCCAAAACAAUCAAGGCAUGAAUCUCAGAGACCGUGGCACGAUACACCCACCAGAUAAAUAUUCGCCUUGGAAACAUAAUCCUAAUAUUGCAGAGCAAUUUCCCUUAGUACAGGUACCAAACCCUGCUGCAGAUGAACAUGACGCCAACCAGCCUAGGUUCCUCUAUGUGUUCAGACCCUGGACUUUAGAGGAAGCAGAAAAAGCAGUGAAAGGGUUAACAUCACCAGAUGAAGAUGUAGAAGUGUGGGCAGUUGAUUUCAUGCAACUCCUAAAUUCUUAUCGCCUAAAUGGCCAUGAAACAGGACAAGCCUUUCAGUCCUCUCUUGGGAAAAAUUGGGGGAGGGUUCAAGGGAAUUAUACGGGAAGAAAAGCUCAAGGACAAAUUUUUCCUUAUCUAGACGCAGGCCCUCUGCCCGACGGAGAGUACAAAGCAGCAGUAGAUGGAGUGUUGGCUAGAGCUAGAUUAGCACUGAUGCAUAGAGCAAACUAUGUGACCCUCUCUGGUGUUAAACAAAAAGCCGGAGAACCUGUUGAUGAGUUUAGAAACAGAUUUGAAAAAGAAUUUCGUGUACAUAGUGGUAUUCCACAUGAUCUAGCCCCAGCAGGACCCUACCAGCAACAGUUAAAAAACAUGCUGCUAAACAAUUUCUUACCAGACAUUUCGUACUGGGUGAGAAAGCAUGACAUAGAGCAUGAAACACAUAGCCCAGACCAAAUCAUUCAGUAUGCUCGUCAUGCAGAGAAAUUUCUGAACAAACAAAGAAAGAAGGGUCCCACUGAUGAUGGAGGUGUGUUUUUAACAGAUGCAGAUGUUCAUUGGGAAAGUGAACAAAAUGAGAUAUAUUACCAAGGAGGUCGUCGCCCUCCCAACCUUGACCACAACAGAAGUAGGGGAGAAUAUCGCGGGAUGGGACGGGGUGGUUACCAAAACAGAGAUCAAAUACCAAGAAAAGCUUUUCCAAUCAACCGCGGUAUUUUCUGUUGAAUUACCUUUGAAUGUGAGAUCACUAUUCUGGUUACCUACAGACCCUCAUCUCUCUCUCCCCAAAGCCACAGAACUAAAAUGGCGAGAUUCAGGCCCCAUAGCUAAAAAGGGAAACAACGCUGAAGACUUUGGGAGGGUGGGAGAUGACGGAUGGGCAUACAGUCCAAGCACUGGGUUGUACCGGAAACGUAUAACCUGCUGCAUGAAAAUGAUUCCUGGAGUACACGAACUCCCACUCCAGUGACAAUCAAAGAUUUUUCUCUCUAAAAAAAAAAAAAAUCAUGGAUAAAACUAGGUGCACAAGAAAAAGAAAAUAUCUACCAUUUGGAAAACAAACCCAUCCUACCCCGCUCGCUCUUCAAAGCAGCAGCUAUAAUGAGCCAUGGGCCUUGCCAUGUCUCAACAGGAGGGAUGGUAUCAAUAAUAAACAGACACUUUUAUACCAUAGGAUUUAACACCUUUUCAAAAAAUUUCUGCAGAGCAUGUGAAGUUUGUAUGAAACACAAUCCACAAGGGAAUUUGAGACCAAAAAGGGGAAAAAUUCCCAAAUCACAAUACCCGUUUCAAACACUCCAUAUGGAUUUCAUUGAGCUAAAUUGGAAUGGUCCCUAUAAGUACUGUUUGGUACUGAUCGAUGCUUUCUCCAAAUGGGUAGAAAUAAUACCAGCAAAGAAUGCAGACUCUUUGACAGUUGCAAAAGCAAUUUGCAAGAACAUUGUUCCAUGUUAUGGAAUUCCUGAGACCAUUUAUAGCGACAAUGGUCCACAUUUUGUAAAUAGUGUUGUAAAUAAAAUGGCAGAAAACCUGAAAAUAAACCUGAAACAUCACUGUGCUUACCACCCCCAGAGUGCAGGGUUAGUGGAGAGAACAAAUGGCACAGUAAAAGGCAGACUGAAAAAAUGCAUGGAAGAGACAGGCCGCCCUUGGCCAGAAUGUUUAGACCUAGUGAAACUAUACAGUAUGUGAGAAUAGUUCCCACAGAUAAAGGUCUGAGCCCAUUUGAGAUCUUGUAUGGAAGAUCAUAUAGACUACCUAUCUAUACAGAAGAUGUAGAUAAGUCACAAGAAGAACAUACCUUGGCAGACUACAUGAGAAAAGUCAUCACAGAUAAAACUGUUACUGAAGCAAAUUUACUGCCUCCUGAUUCUUUUCUCCCACAGGCCUGGAAGACCGUGAAGCCGGGAGAUUGGGUGUUCGUUAAGGUCAUCAAAAGGAAGUGUUGGUCCAGCCCAAGGUGGGACAGGCCAUACCAGGUGCUCCUGACAACACCCACCGCAGUAAAGAUCGCUGGAAGACCCAGUUGGAUUCACCUCAGCCACUGUAAGCUGCAGAGAGUGCUGGAGCCUCCGGACGAGUAGGGGGAAAGUCAACCUACAAAGGGGGGUUACUUUAUAGUGGUGAUUCGUCUCAAUGGUUGUGAAGAAAACAACAGAUCCCUACUCAAUUAGACGGAGCGCUUCUGGUGGCUCUGCAGUGUAGCAGCAAUGUCCCCGGCAACUGAGACGGACCAGCGGAGGCGCUGUCGUCGUCAGUGUGCUGAAGGAUGCCGUGCUGUAGCUGUCGUGAUCAUUUUCCUAUUUGGAGGAACAGUUUGGUGGCUCCUACAAGAUGUAAAAUGAUCAGUUGAAAAGAGAGCCAAUCCAGUCAUUCCCCAUUCUUAUGCAGUAAAUGAAUGGUGGAAGUAUGCAAAUUACACUGCAAAGAAUCAGAACAUGUCUAACUGCUAUGUGUGUACCCAUCUACCUAGCUCCGGAGUGAAUGCAGGAUUUUGGCCAUACAACGUGUCCAGCAACAAGACCCUCUGCCUCAUGGGACUGAGCACGCACCCUGGAAACACCAGCCUAUCUCAAGCUAACUACAGUGUACCGAUGAACCAUGCCCAAGUCCAGCAGGGUAAGGUACUAACUGGUUUCAACUGUUCUGCUGUAAGAGAUGUCCUCGACUGGCCACAGACAGAAAACCCUUAAUCGGUGCCAGGUGUGGUCUACAUUCAUCACCUGGACAAAGGAAGUUUCCCUUGGUGUGUGGUCGGAAAUGGAAGUGAAGAACUAGGUAUCACACCCUCACAUCUGUGCAAUCAGAUUGUUUCAUUCUGUCCUAUGACUAAUUACACUGCCUGCAACAAAUGUGUGAUGGCUGCUAAACUGUUUAACAAAUUCUACCUGCCUGUUCAAUGCCUGUUGGAAGAAUCAGACAGCAGGACAAUGUUAGUUGAAACAGACAGACAAGAUCACCCACCCUGAUGGUGGAGCCAUAUACCGGGCUCUACAGAAUCUCACUGCCCUACAAAGGUAUGUUGAGGAUCACACCCCGGGAGCCUCGACCACGGGACUGUUGGACUGGUUGACACAGGGCUCCUGGUGGCAAGUAUUAUUGAAAACUGUUACACCCCUUCUGAUCAUUUUGGCAUUAUUUUUUGUACUGUUUAUGUGUGUUUUACCAUGUCUUCGCAGUAUGGUUAUGCGCACUGUGAGUGCUUCUUUCCUUCAAUAUCAGAUGCUGGUACAGAAUCACAGCUAUGUUCCACUGAAUGUUAACAAUGUUGACAAGUAUGAUGACCUGAUCCUUAUGAUGAGGAUACUGUGUAAAAGAGACAUGCAUAAUGAUGUUCAUGUUGAAAAUGUGAAGAGCAAGUAACAUGGUACUGAUGAAAAUGCUGUCAAAUGAUAAACAGGAGGGAAAUGUGAGAACUGUGCAAACUUCUUAUCAUCUGCCAGCACUUUGUGUUCUUUCAGGAUAUGAUAAGAGGUAGCAGCACAUUGAGAGAAACAUCUUCAAGGUGAUUCUGCCCAGCAACUUGUGACUGAUUUUUGUGCAAACCCAAUGAAAUAUUAUCACGCCCUUUGUAAUACGAUCACGCCUAUGCUUUCAAUAAAACAGCUGAGCAACAGAGGAGACUUUGAAGAUGAUCGACCACGCUUUGUGGUGAACAUUGGAUCAGUCUUCCCUUUUGCAAAAGCGAGCUAAUAGCUGAAAAA